UCCUCACAAUGAGACCCCCAAAGCCCCCUCUCCCUUUGGGGAAAGGGAAGGCUCUCGGAAGAGAAUUGCCCCUUAGAGGAGUUUGCUGCAAAGAGGCUCACCUUCCCCUGUUGGCGAGACCCAUCCAGCCCUCACUUCCCUCUACAGCAUGUGCAGAAAGCGCCUUCUUGACUGUUGGACCCCCUAUUAGUCAGUGCGCUAAAGCUUGGGGGUUUGAGACCCAUCAGCUACCUUUGCCUGGUUUAGCUGGACAGUGGAAGCUGUUUCCUGGGUUGUGGAUCCUGUCGCCUUUAGACAUCUUCUAGGAGCCACAAGGGAGAGCUGAGUGCAGGGUGCGGACCAAAGGUGGACAGACUAUCCCAGAAAGAACACUCUGUGUCCUCCACCAGAGUGAAUGGUGAGCAAUGAUUGGCUGAGAGUUUGAAGAGUGGUUUGAAUGCUGGGAGGGAGUCGGUUGAGAGUCAGUUAGAGCCUGGAGAUCAGAGAGGGAAGAGCUGGGGGUGGAUGUGAAGCAGCAUUGGUUAGAUGAGUGGCAUAAGAAUAGAAUAAUGGCCUGGUUAGAACUGUAAUAAAGGGACAGAUAAGAUACUGGGACAUUUGAAACCAUACACUUGUGUACUCAGAGGCAUCCUGAAGUCCUCAUUCAGCGUUCUUUCAUAAAUCAGUUGUAUUCCGCCACAUGCCUCUUCCUUGGCUAUGUGAGGGUUGUUGACUUAUUCAGAUAAAAAAUUACCUAUGGUGGCAGUGCGGAUCAAGGGGGCGUUUAGUAGAACACACAGAAAAGGCCCAGCUCACCUUUAAAAAAGUGAAAAGGUGGCACAGCGCCGGAGCGACUCAGAGCAAGGAGGGCUGGCACAACACCAGCCCCCUGCUUCCCCUGCAGUCUCGCAGGAAAGGAAGCUCAUUUGGAAGAGGGGUGGUGGCACCCCCAGACCCCCCCUCGCCGGGCUUGUGGCAAGCAAUCAUGGCAGCAGCUUCAUUUCACAAAGAGAUGCCAACACCACAGCUGCUUCCCACAAGUUGAUCAAACUUGGGCAUUAAUUUAUGACAAUAGGAAAAAGCUACACAGGAGAACAAAUUAAUAUUAAUGAAUGAAUGAAAACCCUAUACCAUUGAAAGGAAGAAAAUGAUCAUUGGCUUUUAGCAGAUCGAACAGCAGAAAAGUGCACAUGCGUACCCAGCAGCUGGUAAAGUUUCUUCCACUUUGUUGGCAUCCCCCUGCAAACGAGCUCCCUCCCCACACAGAUUCAGGCUCCUUUACCCUUGGAAUGACCUUCCAUAGGCCAGUAGUAGAAAGCAGGAUAAAGCACACAAAAGGAGGCUCAAAAGGAAGGUGGACAGUGCCACCUCAUGGUCACCUUUAUUCCUGGACUGAGUUGUGCAUGCUCACUCAUUGCACACACAAGUGCGCACACACACACUACAAUCUCAUUGGAGAAAUGAAAUCUUCCAAAAACAGUUCUUUAUUGCAAUUUCCAGUAGCUUGGGAGUGCUCCUGGAUCCGACAGUGUCACUUGAGGCUCAGGUGGCCUCAGAGGCUCCAGGGAGUGUUUCCAAACUACGGCUGGUUCCUGUGACUUGGCCGCAGGACUCCAUGCUCUGAUAACUUCCAAGAUGGAUCACUGUAAUGUGCUGUGCGUGGGACUGCCCUUGAAGACACUUCAGACUGUGCCCAGGGAUGUUUUGCUGCUGGAGGCAAAAACCCCUGUGCCUGCCCCACCUCGACCCACACCACUGCCAGGCGCUCACUGUUGCCAGCAGUUUGCCACCUGUUCCUUGACCCUGAUGGUACGACCAUGAAUGCCACACACUCCUCCACUCGCCCCUGGGCUACCCCAAAAAAGUUGAGCAGGACAAAGAUUGCAGCAAGUAGAGGAGCACGCCGCUAGGGUCAAGGAGGCGGCGGUAAGCACCUGGCAGUGGCGUGAUGGGUCAGUGCAUCUGGCUGUUAAAACCAGAAGGUUAGUAGUUCGAGCCCACCCAGGGAUGGCUGUGGGCAAAAUUCCUGCUUUGCAGGGGGUUAGACUAGAUGACCCUCGGGGUCCCUUCCAACUCUACAAUUCUAAGCUGCCUGAUACCAAGUCCGACCCCUUGGUCCAUCCUGCUCCCACAUUGCCUGGACUGGCUGGCAGCGUUUCAGACAGGGAAUUGCUAGGGAUUGCACCUGGGACCUGCCGCAUGCAAAACAGAUGCUCUACCACUGAGCUGCGUCUCUUGCCCGUCGAAGAAGAGACCAUAUAAGUAACAGCUUUUAGGUGGGGAGUAGGAACUACAACUCCCAGAAGUCUGUGCGGUCCGUCGUGCUCGCUGACUAUAAAGACGUCAAGGUUUCCUCCUGAGCGCCGCUCGCACUUCGGGAGCGUGUAGUUUGGGGAACUGGGGAGGGAGGCGGUGUCGAGAUCCGAAGUGGAGUCCUGGAAAAGACAGGGGAGAAGAGAGAAAACUGGGAAAGCUGCAGUAAGUAACUGGCAUGGGGAAAUAAGGAUUUUGGAAAACAGGUACAGUGGUUUCAACGCCCCCAGCCAGCUACCCGUGGUGUUUCUGGAUUUUUGAGUCAUCAUCAUUAUGGAUGGAGAAGCACCAGGUGCUGUUGGAAGUCUGCAAAAUUCUCCCAGAAGAGGCAGAAAACACGGAAACCGGAGGAGACAGAGAGAUCAGGAUGCAGGUGUUCGCCUCUCCAAGGCUCUUUCUUACGUGCUGCGCCAUGGGGCAGAGAAGUUGGGGCUACAGAUGGGGCUUGAUGGCUUCGUGGAUGUGGCGGAGGUCCUUCAUCUGCCACAGUUUAAGGCCUGGACCCUGGAAGACGUGCAGCGCGUUGUGGAGACAAAUGAAAAGCAGCGCUUUGCUCUACGCCCUCACCCUUCCAGCGGGCAGCUCCAGAUCCGGGCCAAUCAAGGGCACUCGCUGCAGGUGUCUGAACUGGAGUUGAUCCCACUGCUGGACCCACGGGAUUUCCCAGAGGUUGUGGCCCAUGGCACCUAUCUGCGCCACUGGCCAGGAAUUCGCCGCAAUGGCCUCUCACGGAUGGGAAGGACGCAUAUCCAUUUAGCGCCAGGGUUGCCGGGGGAUGGAGCUGUCCGGAGUGGAAUGAGAAGCAACUGUGACGUGGCUAUAGUCAUUGAUGUCACCAAGGCUCUGGCCGAUGGAAUCAAGUUUUACCGCUCGGCUAAUGAAGUGAUCCUCACUCCUGGCGAUGCCAAUGGGCUGCUGCUCCCCUGCUACUUCAUGGAGGCCCUACAGCUCAAGCCUAGGCGGUGUGUGUUGUCCCUCAACUGUCCUGAUCCUGAGCCACUGGAUGCAUCUACCUCUACGUAAUUUAUGUCACUUACAUUCAUUUCAAUGUAAAGGCCUUAUCCAAACACUUUAAAAAAAACAACUGAUUACAUAUUGUUUCAAGUGAUGAUGUGAACAAAAUACUGAUUGUAUUCACUUGACUGAUUUCCAUGCCAGACCACAGACGAACUGUAGCAAUUUCUGCUUUUCUGUUUCCAUUGUACUUCUUUGACAUCCCUUUUCCUUGUUGGGAUUCUUUUGUUUUUUUGGCUUUUCUCCAGCCUGCUGCUACCUCUCCAUUAUGUCUGGAUGGUGCUGUUUUGGCAGCGUAAGCAUCAGUACUCAUAUCUGAACACAGAGCAGAAGGAAUUAUUCUCAUCAUCCACCUGGAAAGCGAGAAGCAGAACAAAACAAAAGAGAAAACCAAGGAUAGACUACCCAUAAAUGAGGCAGAUAUUGUUUUUCAGGUGAACAGUGAGAUGAUAUGUUUAUUUCAUGGAGACAAAACAAGUCAUUGUGGGAAAAUGUGGGGAAAGGACAAUGAGAAGCGUUUCCAAGUA